UUUGAUGACGUCAGAAGGACCCACUUCCGCCCGCCGAGGCUGCUAACAUGGCGAGCGGCUAGCUAAAAGUCCUCGCGUCUACUUCAUCAUGGAUGCUUUUGCUCUCUCUUUCUUCCCAAAGGCACAACACUGAAGUGACCCUCGACAACUACAUUUGUGACAGGAGGGUGUUUAUCCGCUACGUAUUUCAUCUUUAGAAGGUAAAAGGAGCACAAGGUGAUCAUGGGGCGACGUUCAACCUCCUCCACCAAGAGUGGAAAGUUCAUGAAUCCCACGGAUCAGGCCAGAAAAGAAGCCAGGAAAAGGGAGUUAAAAAAGAAUAAAAAGCAAAGGAUGAUGGUGAGAGCCGCUGUUCUCAAGAUGAAAGACCCCAGGCAGAUCAUCCGAGACAUGGAGAAAUUGGAUGAAAUGGAGUUCAACCCGGUCCAGCAGCCCUUGCUGAAUGAGAAGGUGCUGAGGGACAAGAGGAAGAAACUACGUGAGACCUUUGAACGUAUUGUCCGCCUGUAUGAGAGAGAGAAUCCUGAGACCUACAAGGAUCUGCGCAAGCUGGAACUGGACUACGAGUCGAAGCGGGGUCAGCUGGCGCUCUAUUUUGAUUCAGUCAAGAAUGCAGAAUCUGUUGAGGUGGACAGUAUUCCCUUACCCGAUAUGCCUCAUGCACCCUCCAACAUCCACAUCCAGGACAUCCCUUUACCAGGGGCUCAGCCGCCCUCAAUACUGAAGAAAGGUUCCGCUUUUGGGAAAGGACCUCUAUCUGGCCCGUACAUGCCAAUACUGCCACCUGUGCCACGUUUACCUCCCGGGAAGAAACCACCUGGACCGCCACCCGGCCCCCCGCCACCACAGAUCUUGGCACUGUAUGGCAUUCCUUCACAUCGGCCUUAUGGCACAGAAAUGGAACCCUCAAUUCCCGGUUUGGACAAGGUGUCGACCGAGCAAGACAGCGGCAGCGAGAGCGACCGGGACGAAAUGGACGACGACGACAGCGAGUCUGAGGAGGACAGCGAUGAGGAGCGGGAUGCCGACGGUGACCCACGGAAGGGAGGUGACAGGCACGAUGAGAAAGAUGAGGACAGAGGUGAAAGGGGGAGCCGCAGUGUGCGUUUCGCUGACAUGCCCUCAGAUGGAAAGCAAAAGAAAAAGAGGCUGGUGAAGAAGACCAAGGUCAUCACACCUCUGCAGGCCAUGAUGUUAAAGAUGGCAGGUCAGUCCAUCCCUGAGGAUGACGAAGAAGAAGAGGUGGAGGAAGAGUGCACGGAUGAAUCUGAGGAUUCGGACGAUGAAGACAAGGGCCCACCAGGUGAUCCGCUUGUUGCCAGUGGGCCAGCCAAAAAGCAAGGUCCACCACCCUUGCAAGGUCCCCCGAUGACAGGGCCUCCACCUAUGGGUCCUCCACCUGCUCCGCCAAUGAGGCCUCCAGGUCCACCAUCCGGUCCGCCUCCAGGCCCUCCGCCAGGAGCUCCUCCGUUCUUGAGGCCUCCGGUUAUACCUGGCAUGAGGGGCCCGAUACCUCGUCUUCUGCCCCCUGGACCUCCACCAGGUCGUCCGCCUGGUCCACCGCCCGGUCCCCCACCUGGCCUUCCACCAGGCCCCCCACCACGUGGACCCCCUCCCAGACUUCCGCCCCCAGGACCACCUGGUAUCCCUCCCCCUCCCCCGAGAGCAGGAGGACCCCCCCGUCCCAUGGCGCCGCCUCACACUCUCUUCCCACCCCCUCCCAGCGCCAACGUGCUGAGUGCCCCUCCCAGCAUAGUCCAGCGGCAGAAAGGGUCGAGCCAAGAUGGCUCCCAGAGCAGCAUGCCGCCUCCCUCCAUGCGCUCCAGUCACAUGCAGAUGCCCCCGCCCCCGGGCACCGCCGCCGCCAGCCACCUCCACGCGGCCACCAUCGAGAAAAGAGCCAACAUCACUUCCGUGGGGGGCGGCGUCGGGGCCACCAUCUCCGCCAAACCGCAGAUCACCAAUCCCAAAGCGGAGGUCACACGCUUCGUACCCACCGCCCUCAGAGUGCGCAGGGAUAGGAGCGGCCCCAUGCCGGGGCCAGCGCUGGGGCCCCUGGAGAAAGGGGGCCGGAGGGGCGACGACGGUCACGGCUUGAAACAGAUGUCCGCCGCCAAGGGCAUGUCUCACCCCGCUCAAAUCGGGGCUGUGGCCCCGCCCAGCAUGAAGACCAAGGACCAGGUGUAUGAAGCCUUCAUGAGGGAGAUGGAGGGUCUCCUCUGACUCAAACCAAGUUAGUGUUCUCCCCUCUUUUUGUCCCUAGAAGCCCAUUAAAUGCUCUCUUUUCAUCUGGAAUAUUGUCUUUAGUCAAACAUGUCCCUCGUCUCUUGCCAGUUCUGUCUCAAUAAUGUUUUUUUUAGCGCCGCACCUGUUUGACUUUUUUAUUUAACUGGCAAAUCAAGAAGUUUGUUGAAGAUGUAGCUAAUUAAACACUUAAAAGAAAUCA